AAUCACACCAGGAAUAGGAACUCAAUUAUCAUUUGAGAUGUUUUGGCCUCUUUCUUGCGUCUUGAUCACCAGGACUGGCUUGUUCAAGCUUCGAAAGUUCGAGACAUCGAGCUCGUGAAGGAGUUCAAUGUUGUUGGAGAUGGAGAGUAAUGGAGAUGGAGGCGGGAGAGGGAGGAGGCCUAGCAACUCAUAUCAGCAGCAGCAGAGAUUGGAGAGGCCACUGAGGAAGGUUCAGGUCGUCUACUACCUCAGCCGGAACGGCCAGUUGGAGCACCCCCACUUCAUUGAGCUUCCUUACCUCCCUAACCACCACCAACUUCGCCUCAGAGAUGUGGUGGAAAGACUCACUCUUCUUCGAGGAGAAGCCAUGCCUUCUCACUUCUCAUGGUCUUGCAAGAGGAGCUCCAAGAAUGGAUACGUGUGGAAUGACUUGGCCGAGUACGUCCUCAAGGGCUCCGAGAUCAUCCCUGGUGCUUAUGAAAAUUUCCGGCACGUUCCUGUCGGCGGAAGGCGGCAAAAGCCACUCCUGGUCUCCAACAGGCCUCACUUGGAAUUGGAAGAGGAGGCGGCAUUGAUGGCGGCGAAAGAGGAGAUCACGAGGCACAGCAAGUGCUCCCGCGGCGUGUCGACGGAGGAGAUCGAGCGAGUCGGGGCUCGGACCGAGCUGCCGCUCGACGACUCGUUUUCUCCGCCGUCCACGAUCUCCUCCGGCAAGCCCGGCGGCGGGAACACCUGACAGCGGAUCGAGAAGGCUGACCACCAAUCGUCCCUGGCUCGGGGCUCGGUGCUGCUGCAGAUCAUCGCCUGCGGGUUAGCAGCAAUGAAAGGAAGCAGGAUCGGCGGCGGAGUAGCCGUGAGACGGACGACGGUCGUGGAGACGGUCGUUGAAGAGGAGGAGCUGAGCCGGCGCGCGCCGGAAAUCGCCCGGUUACGUCACCGCCUGGUGGAGGAAAAGGAGAGCCUCAGGAGGAGCAUCGUCCAUCCUUCUCUCAAGAAAUCUUCCUCCUGCAACGAAGAAAGGUUACUCUACGAAUUUUCAGCAUUUAUUGCUCAACAUGCGCUUACUCUUCUUCUGUGAGCAGGAGCUCAAAAGCUAGGUUUGAAGAAAGGAAGUUACAGGCGGAGGAAGGAGGAGGAGGAGGAGGAGGAAGUCCUCUGUGAAGCAACAGUGACACGAGAGGGGAAGCAGAGCAGAAGCUUGGAUGCCCUACCUUGCAAGUGAGGUCUCUGUUGUCUUCUCUUCUGCUUCUCAUGGAGAUUAUUUUUUACUAACUAAUAUCGUUUAUUGUUCUACUUCUAUCUUUCCACUUUCUAUUUAAUAUAAAUAUAAUAUUGUCCU